AAAUAAGAGCACGAGAGCUAAGGUCGACAAAUGCGGUUCAUGGAGAGCGCCUAGCUACUGCCAGCCAGCGCUUUAUAUGAUGCCGGCGCUUUGGUAGGUGCAACAUCUCGAAAUCUUGACAAAUGGCGGCAGAUUGAGGAAUUCUCUAGGCUCUAUGUCUAUAGACUUGACUCUAGAUCGUAUAGAGCGAUUAUAUCGUCUCAUCCAGGCGUAUACGCGACCAACAAUUCACAUAGCUGGCACCAAUGGCAAAGGCAGCGUCUCUGCCUUGACGUCGUCAAUUUUGACAGCUGCUGGACUUAGCGUUGGUCGGUUUAAUAGCCCACACCUAAUAACCAUAUACGACUGCAUCUAUGUCAACAAUCAAGAAGUCUCUCCUCAAACUUAUCAUGAAGCCCGGGAUAAUGUUGAAGGAGUUGCUCACGAUAAUUCGAUAGAGAUCAGCAGCUUUGAGAUGUUGGUCCUCACAGCGUUGCUAAUAUUCGAGAGAGUCAAAGUCGACAUCGUGGUCAUGGAAGUUGGGAUGGGUGGUCGACUGGAUGCAACCAAUGUCAUCCCGGAUGAAGUAGUCAUGAUUUCUGCCCUCACUGCUGUUGAUUUGGAUCACCAAGCAUUCCUAGGUGACACUGUAGCAGCGAUCACAAAGGAGAAAGCGUCCAUCGCCCGCAGAGGCAAGCCGUUUGUCAUGGGUCCCCAGAAACACUCUGAAGUAGCAGAAGUAGCUAGAAUGGUCGUUCAAGAGGCUGGAGGGGACUUUUUCAGUGCUCCGUCUGCUCUUCAAAUGCCAUCUGAGGAUCAAAGACGCCCAGAAUCGUAUUCACAGUUCCAACCUCCUUCACCUUGUCCGAUUGAACUGAAUAUGCCUUGCUUCCGAGAUCCCUUCAAUGCGCUUUUGCCAUUGCACGGAUCGCAUCAGCUCGAAAAUGUUGGUUUGUCUGCCUUCAUCAUAUCGGUAGCUGUGGAUUAUCCAUCGUGCUCCUCGCUCGGAUUGCGAGACCGAGUGACGCCGCAGGUUGUUGUCCGAGGGAUAGCGAAUGUCUCCUGGCCUGGAAGACUAUCCUUCCACCCAAUUCCCAAGAAUCUGCAUGACCCUUGUAGUCCGAAAGCUCUUGUGUUGGCUGAUGGUGCCCAUAAUCCUGCAUCAUCCACAACGUUGAGUCGUUAUCUCAUGGAUUACUGCAAUUCGCCAGCAGCUCCUAAUGCGACUACCGCGAUUACUUAUAUCUUAUCGCUUUCACAUUCUCCUCCUAAAACCCCUCUACAAACACUCUCUCCGCUAUUGCCUCCCUCGCUUCCUUCAAAUUUGAAAGUUCGAGUAGCGGUUUUACGUUUCGCUUCUCCAGAAGGGAUGCCUUGGGUCAAGUCUGUUCUUCCUUCUGUUCUGUAUUCCGUUGUUCAAAGUCUUUGUCCCAAGGCCGAGUUGUGGAAAGGUGAUGAUGACAGAACGGAUAACCUAUCAGCGGCUUUGCAGUGGGCCACCAGUUCUUCGGACCCAAAUCUAGUAGUGGUAGCAGGUAGCUUGUAUCUAGUCGCGGAUUUCUACCGGAUUCUUCGAGGAUUAGAUAGUGUAAUUCUUUGAACGAUAGUAACAUUGAAUAAUUUGAGCGCCUGUGUACCUUCUCGUCAGUCACUCAUGUCGUUUGCUGCAAGGUGCUGUAAUGGCUGCUAAAGGCGUAUCUGCAUCGGACAGGCAAACUAUCAGUUCUCUUUCACAUUUACCGGCAA